AUGGUUUGUUUCAAAGAGCUGACGGAGCUGGAGCCCGUUGUGACGAAGGGCGGAAGGUCUCGUGCAGUCCGGAUCGCACAUGCUGCCUUGGUGCACUAUGGCUAUCUGGAUGCACCAGGAGAUUGCAGUGUGGACGAGUUUUGCGAAAGCGAUGCGCCGGAGAUGUGCCAGGAUGCUUCGCCGAAGGCUGCAUCCAAAGCCUCCUUGCUGAGCAGAGCUGGUCGCAUGCUGACUGCGGUGACGGGGAGGGUGCCGUCCAUGCGUGUGCCCCGGGUCCGGCACAUGGUGUCCAAGGCUUUUCGGAGCUCUCAGCCAUCCGAGGCAGUGUCAAAAGUGCCACUGCGGGCGGAGAGCGAAUGCGACGUCGGCCAUACCCUUGCCGAGGCCUUUGACUUCGUGCAAGGCGCCGCUGCGGACGCAGUAGCAGAAGUGACGGGGGUGCUUCCGAACGCAACGGACAUGCUCCCGGGUCUUGUGGUAUCCAACUCCUCGGAAGCAGGGAAAAAUCAGGGAGAGCGAGUUGAUCGAGAGGCAGCCGACUGUGCCUCGACCAUCAUCGCGGACUCCGAGAAUGACGAAAAGAAGCGCGAGAGAGCGACUAGUGCCAGUAUUGUGCUUGACUUUCCGGUUUCGUCGGCAAUCAAGGCUGCUGACGAUCUGGAUCUUCUCUUGGAGGAAGACGACCAGGACGGUCCAUCAUCGGAUCCGCCAACAGACGGUGCAAAAUUACCUCAUCCACCGACACACCAUGAAGUGUUGUCCAGCCGACAGUGCGAUUUGCGCCGGUUCAACAAACACGUGAGCGAGUCGCCCGAUCAGUCGCGAGAGGUGUCACAAGAAGAAGCAGAGGCUUUUGAGUUUGCGCCCGUACUCAGUGAAGAGCUCGAAUGA